AUGUACAGUCUUGACAGCGGCCAACAGAGAACUGCUUGGCCGUUAAGCCUGAUUGACCAACACCCCAGUCAACCUAACAUUAAGAGCACCCUUGUAAGUCUACUCCGGGAAUCCCUUGCCCUUCCUGCCCUUCUUUCAUCCAUCCAUUCUGAGCCGGAUAAGGAUCACGUUGUCCAGCUCCUUCACCAGCUCCUCCUUACAAUCAUCAACUCAACCCCUCUCAAUCUUGAGCUUUUCAAGCAGUUGUUGGACGCUGGCCAGCUUGAAAAUUGGAGCUUGAUUGACGAAAUCUUGAAGUUUGUCAAUCCUCUCCUGCUAUACCUAGAUUCAAGUAGGUCUGGCUACAAAGACUUCUUGGACACCAGCCUUGUACGAUGA